GGCCCGCGGGUCGGUCAGGCCCGGCGCCGCGGCGGCGGCGGCGGCAGAGAAGGGAGCCCGACCGGAAGGGUCGAAGCGCUCCGGUGCCCCUCACACCCACUGCGGCGGCGGCGGCGGUGGGGCGGAGCGGAGCGAGGUGGGGCGGCCGGCCGAACCCGGGCAGUGGAGCCGGGAGCCAUCAGCUUGCAGUGCCGCCAGUCAGCCCGCCCGCCCUCUCCCGCUGGCGCGGCGACGGGGAGGCGAGGAAUUUGACAACUUACUGGCCCUUGGGAAGAUUACAUGACACUGCAUCAUGAGUGACAGUGAAUGUGACAGUCAGUUUUAUAGCGUACAAGUGGCAGACUCAACCUUCACCGUCCUGAAACGCUACCAGCAGCUGAAACCAAUUGGCUCUGGGGCCCAAGGGAUUGUUUGUGCUGCAUUUGAUACAGUUCUUGGGAUAAAUGUUGCAGUCAAGAAACUAAGCCGUCCUUUUCAGAACCAAACUCAUGCAAAGAGAGCUUAUCGUGAACUUGUCCUCUUAAAAUGUGUCAAUCACAAAAAUAUAAUAAGUUUGUUAAAUGUGUUUACGCCACAAAAAACUCUAGAAGAAUUUCAAGAUGUGUAUUUGGUUAUGGAAUUAAUGGAUGCCAACUUAUGUCAGGUUAUUCAUAUGGAGCUGGACCAUGAAAGAAUGUCCUACCUUCUGUACCAGAUGCUUUGUGGUAUUAAACAUCUGCAUUCAGCUGGUAUAAUUCAUAGAGAUUUGAAGCCUAGCAACAUUGUAGUGAAAUCAGACUGCACCCUUAAGAUCCUUGACUUUGGCCUGGCCCGGACAGCAUGCACCAACUUCAUGAUGACCCCCUAUGUGGUAACACGGUACUAUCGGGCACCAGAAGUCAUCCUGGGGAUGGGCUACAAAGAGAACGUUGAUAUCUGGUCAGUGGGUUGCAUCAUGGGAGAGCUGGUGAAAGGUUGUGUGAUAUUCCAAGGCACUGACCACAUUGAUCAGUGGAAUAAAGUUAUUGAACAGCUAGGAACACCAUCAGCAGAGUUUAUGAAGAAACUUCAGCCAACUGUAAGAAAUUAUGUAGAAAACAGACCAAAGUAUCCUGGAAUCAAAUUUGAAGAACUCUUUCCAGAUUGGAUAUUCCCAUCAGAAUCUGAACGAGACAAAAUUAAAACGAGUCAAGCCAGAGAUCUGUUAUCAAAAAUGUUAGUGAUUGAUCCUGACAAGCGGAUCUCUGUAGACGAGGCCUUGCGUCACCCCUAUAUUACUGUUUGGUACGACCCCACUGAAGCAGAAGCACCACCACCUCAAAUUUAUGAUGCUCAGUUGGAAGAAAGAGAACAUGCGAUUGAAGAAUGGAAAGAACUAAUUUACAAAGAAGUAAUGGAUUGGGAAGAAAGAAGCAAGAAUGGCGUUGUAAAAGAUCAGACUUCAGAUGCAGCAGUAAGUAGCAACGCGACUCCUUCUCAGUCGUCAUCUGUCAAUGACAUUUCAUCCAUGUCCACUGAGCAGACACUGGCCUCAGACACAGACAGCAGUCUCGAUGCCUCGACGGGACCCCUGGAAGGUUGUCGAUGAUGAGUUAGAAAUAGUGAACUUGUCAUCGUCGAAGGAACUCUCACUUCCAUGGGCCUGAAAUGCUUGGGAGUUGAUGGAACCAAAUAGAAAAACUCCAUGUUCUGCAUGUAAGAAACAGGAUGCCUUGCACCUACUCAGAUCUGAGAGGACUGCCUGCUUAGCCUAUAAAGUGAAGCAGAUUAUGUCUGAAGAAAAAAGGGACAAGCCACACUUCUAGAGAUUUUGUUCAAAGUCAUUUCAGGUGAGCAGUUAGAAUAGGUGAAUUUUUUUUAAGUUGUGUGGUAAUAGCAGUGACAAUUUCUCAUCAUCCGUAACUGUUGGGACUUACGUGCAUGUGACCACAAAUGCUUGCUUGCGCUUGCCCACCUAACACUUUGGAAAUCAGUAUUUAAAUACCAAAUAAUAUUCCAGGUAGUGCUGCUUCUAGAAUUAUCUCUUAAUCCUCUUAAGUAAUUUGAUGUCUAUCCAUAAAAAAAAUAGAUUUAUGUGUAUUAAUUGGCCAUCAUCAUGUUACCAUGUCUUAACCUCUUUCAUGGUAUGAUUUAUGCUCUCUUUUAUUUUUCAGAUGGAAUUGAGUAAAUAUAUUUAAUAAAUUAAAAGUAUAGUUUUU